AUCAAUAUUUAACUCAAUCAUGACAUAACGAAUAUUAUAUUCUUUCUUGAAAGCUUGACGUUAAUUUUCUUUAUUAUUCUUAUAAAUUUCAAAAUUAACCGUGUAAUCAAAAUUUAAUCAAGUCCGUUUAAUGGCGAAAAAAGGAGGUGCUCAACAGUUACAGGCAGAAAUAAAUACUGACGAGGAAUUGUACAAAUUCCUUGAAAGACCCGGAGUUUUAGUUCUCGAUGUUUAUGCGGAAUGGUGUGGACCAUGUCUGGCAAUGGUUGGCAGUUUAAGAAAGAUUAAACUUGAGUUAGGAGGUGAUAAUCUUCAUUUAGCUGUUUGCAAAUCCGAUACCAUUGAAGCUCUUAAACGUUUUCGAAAUAAAAGCGAACCAACUUGGCUCUUUGCUUGUCAAAGAAAAUGUGUUAAUUUAAUGUUCGGUACUGAUGUACCAAGACUUAUGAAAUUAAUAUCUGACGAGCUCAAUAACAUUGGCAAUACCAAACGAACUUUCUAUGACAUUACUGAGCUUCAGCCAGAAGAACAAGCACGAAGAGAUGUUAUUGAAAAAGCUGCAGCUGAGGCUUUACGAAAAGAAGUUGAAGAAGCUAAACGUGAAAAACUAGAAUAUCUAACUUUCGUAACUGAUGAAAUUAUGAAAAAUCUUCCCGAUAUGGGUGUAACAAUCUUUGGACCACAUGUGUCCCGAGAUGUUUACAAAAAGCUUAUGGAAGUUGCUGAAACACAAAAGAUGCAAUGCAAAGAUCGACGAACUGGACCUCUUUUGCCAGAACACUUUGAUAUAAUCAAUUUUGCCUGUGAAAAUCCAAUAGAUCCAGAAGUUUUGGAAAAUAUGUACAACAAAGAUUUGUUGAUUUGUUUUUGGAAGAUUUCCGAGACUGAUACUCGAGAAUUGCAAGAUAUAUUUAUAACUUAUUCCAAUGAACUAACUCAGACAAGAAAAGUUGUCCUUGAUACUGGAGAAAUUGAUCCUGAUCAAGUUCUUCCUCCGAUAUUGAAUCCACUUGAAAUUAAAAUUGCAAAAAAAUUUGAUGGUUUACCAGAGAAGGAGAAACCGGCAAUUGUUGUGGACAAAGCUGAAUUCGAUGAUCCAUUAGCUGAAAUUUUGGGGGAUGAACCACUUCCUGGUGAAGAAGUCGAAGGAAACGAGGAAACAGAGGCACAAGAAGACAAUACAAAAAAACCCGAAGAAACGGGAUCUGUUGCAUCCUCAUCGGAUGCCCAAAUAAUUUUAAUACCACCAGUUUGGGUACCAACAGAUGCUCGAACUCAUGCAACUCUAAUUUAUGUCUUUUUUCGAGCUCAAACAUCUACAUUUUUACCACCGGAUCCGGUGCCAGAUCCACCACAUAUUGUUAUGGCAUUCGAUGCUUAUAAGAAAAAGGAUAUUUUUGAGAUUGUAGAGAAGAACAAGGAGAAUGUUUUACUUUAUGGAUUCUUUACAAAUGAUAAUCCAGAGACAGCAGAGUUAAUAGCGAAUUCAUUGACCAAAUAUGAAGCUAAGACACCACAAAUAACUGAUAAACUUGUUCUCAAAGUAGCAAAAACAACUAGUCACACUAUGUUGGCCUUUGCUGAAUAUGGUCCUUCUUAUGUUAGUGCUAAUACAGUUGUUGGCAAGCAAGAAGCUUUGAAAUUAUUCCCUGAGGGCUAUGUUAAUGUUGAAGUUGUGGAAGAAGAAGAACCAGAAGUUGGAGAAGAAAUAACUAAAAAGAAGAAAAAAUCAAAGGCUAAGCUCGUCGAUGGUGCCGAAGCUGAAAAUGAAGCCGAUGUUUCAACCCCAGAGGGCGAAGGAAAUGAAAAUUCCGAAGAAUCUCCCCGGCAACAAGCAAAUGAAGAAAAUUAAAAAAAGAAAGCUUUUAUUUAUACAUAAUAUAUAUUUUUUAAAAACAUUCUUUUGUAUUAUAUUUUUAUUAAAACGUAAUUAAUACUUUUUCUCCAUUAAAGUAAUUUUUUUUGUUUUGUUA